AUGUCAUUGGCUAAGAAACUCAUCAACGAUCCGAAUGAUGUUGAGACUGAAUUCAUUGAUGGUCUUAUGGAGACAUAUCCUACAUUGCAGUUUUUAGAUGGAUAUCCUAGUGUGAAGGUUGUGUUCCGUGCAGAUGUUUAUCCUGGUCCACCAUAUGAUAAAGUUGCAGUCAUAUCUGGAGGUGGAAGUGGCCAUGAGCCUGCUCACGCUGGAUUUGUGGGGGAAGGAAUGCUGACUGCAGCCAUAUGUGGCGAUGUCUUUGCUAGUCCAACUGUUGAUGCUAUUCUUGCUGGGAUCCGAACUGUAACUGGCCCAAUGGGAUGUCUUCUUAUUAUAAAGAACUAUACUGGUGAUCGUUUGAACUUUGGUUUGGCUGCUGAGCAAGCAAAAUCUGAAGGUUAUAAAGUAGAGAGUGUGAUUGUUGAGGAUGAUUGUGCUAUACCUCCACCUCUAGAGAUGGCCGGAAGAAGAGGAUUGGCGGGGACUAUUCUGGUUCAUAAGGUUGCAGGAGCUGCUGCAGAUGCUGGUCUUUCACUUGGUAAUGUUGCUGCGGAAGCAAGAUAUGCGUCUGAAAACGUGGGAACAAUGGGCGUUGCUUUAAAAGCGUGCACACUCCCUGGUAGGAUUUUUACAGAUCGUUUUGGGCCAACACAAAUGGAAGUUGGUCUUGGAAUUCACGGGGAACCUGGUGCGCAUGUGACUGAUAUACAGCCUGUAGAGGCAGUGGUUUCUCUGCUUCUGAAUAAAAUAUUGUCCAAGGAAACAAACUAUCUUCCAAUAUCUCGGGGUGAAAGAGUGGUACUCAUGGUCAAUGGAUUAGGCGGCACCCCCUUAAUGGAACUAAUGAUUGCAGCAGGAAAAGCAGUUCCUCAAUUGAUGGUGGAGCACGGAUUGGCUGUUGAUAGAGUUUAUACUGGGUCAUUCAUGACUUCUCUUGAUAUGGAAGGUUUAUCAAUUUCUAUCAUGAGGGCUGACCGGUCUAUUCUUCAACGAUUGGACGCUGAGACGAAAGCUCCUUAUUGGCCUGUUGGAGUUAGUGGUAAUCGUCUGCCUGCAAAGAUUCCUGUUCCAAUUCCACGACCUCGGUCAGCAAAGAUUGUUGAGCCACAGAGUCGGCCUCUGAAACUAACUGAGCAAGGACAACUUCUUGAGCUAGUCAUUGUAGCUGCUGCAACUGCACUUACACAUCUCAAAGACACUCUAAAUGAAUGGGACUCUAAAGUUGGUGAUGGUGACUGUGGGUCAACUAUGUACAAAGGUGCAAAGGCAGUUCUUGAGGACAUGAAAAAUUACCCUCUGAAUGAUGCUGCAGAAACUGUAGGUGAAAUUGGAUCAACAAUUGGAAAAUCAAUGGGAGGAACAAGUGGGAUCAUAUAUUCAAUUUUAUGUAAGGCGGCAUGUGCACAGCUGAAAACAAGCUCCCAUUCUGUUAUCACAUCAAAACAAUGGGCUAAAGCACUUGCGGCGGCCAUUGAUGCUGUUAGUAAAUAUGGGGGAGCUAAAGUUGGUUACAGAACAUUGCUAGAUGCCCUUAUCCCAGCACUGUCAUCACUUGAAGAGAGACUAUAUUCUGGUGAUGAUCCUGCCACUGCUUUUCUUACCUCAUCUCAGGCUGCACUUGAUGGAGCCGAGUCAACCAAGAAAAUGCGAGCAAAGGCUGGGCGUACACUUUACGUGCCUCAAGAGAUUCAGUCAUCGGUUCCUGAUCCGGGUGCUUAUGCCACAGCGUCAUGGUACAGAGCUGCAGCCUUAGCUGUUGAUAAAUACAAGAAUAAAUAG